GUAAAAGCCGGGAUUAUCUUCCACCUACUGGUGGCAUGCUGAAUUGCAGGCACAGCACAUGCAUAGGAAAAGAGCUUCCUCCCAAGGCAAACACCGAGAGUCAAGAGACAGAAAAGACAACAGAAGAUUUUAUAACACAUUCUUUAACUGCUUUAUUUCUUCCAAACAUAUACUUGAAAAGGAUCUGUGACCCAAUGGAUCAAGAAAAUUAUACCAGAGUGAAAGAAUUUAUUUUCCUGGGUAUUACCCAGUCUCAAGAGCUGAGUUGGGUCUUGUUUGUCUUCUUGUUUAUAGUGUAUAUGACAACUCUGCUGGGAAACUUCCUCAUCAUGGUCACUGUGACCUGUGAGGCUCACCUUCAUACCCCCAUGUACUUCCUGCUCCGCAAUCUCUCUAUCUUGGACAUCUGCUUUUCCUCCAUCACUGCUCCCAAGGUCCUGGUGGAUCUUCUAUCAAAGAGAAAAACCAUCUCCUUCAAUGGCUGUGUCACUCAAAUGUUCUUCUUCCACCUUCUGGGAGGAGCAGAUGUUUUUUCUCUCUCUGUGAUGGCCUUUGAUCGCUAUGUAGCUAUCUCAAGACCCCUUCACUAUAUGACUAUCAUGAGUAAGGGACGAUGUACUAGCCUGGUGCUGGCCUCCUGGGUGGGGGGCUUUGUCCACUCCAUUGUGCAGAUUUCCCUGUUGCUGCCCCUCCCCUUCUGUGGACCAAAUGUUCUUGACACUUUCUACUGUGAUGUCCCGCAGGUCCUCAAACUUGCCUGCACUGACACUUUCACUCUGGAGCUCCUGAUGAUAUCCAAUAAUGGAUUGGUCAGUUGGUUUAUUUUCUUCUUUCUCCUCAUAUCUUAUACAGUCAUCCUGGCGAUACUGAGGUCUCAUGCUGGGGAGGGCAGGAGGAAAGCCAUCUCCACCUGCACCUCCCACAUCACUGUGGUGACCCUGCACUUUGUGCCCUGCAUCUAUGUCUAUGCCCGGCCCUUCACCGCCCUCCCCACAGAUAAAGCCAUUUCUGUCACCUUCACUGUCAUUUCCCCUUUGCUCAAUCCAAUGAUUUACACCCUGAGGAAUCAGGAAAUGAAGUCAGCCAUGAGGAGACUAAAGAAACGACUAGGGCAUUCAGAAAGGAUUUAAAUUCUGUAAGAAUGAGAUAGCUCCCAAAGGUAAAUAUAGACAUUAAACUUCACUUUCUCAAAAUGGGAAGACAUCACUUUAAUGCCCAAAACAAAGGGGCAUCUAUGGAUAUCAUGGAGUCCUCAAAGACGUUGGUUCUGUAGUAUAGUAUGUGCUAAGGACCUCUAGGUGACACUGCUUUAAGGUGAAGCUCAUUCAUCUCUUCCAUUACUCACUUUUAAUUAUUCAUUCGGCAAAUAUUUUACAGAACACGCAGUAUGUGCUUGACAGUGCUAGGAUUCAGACUGCUGCAAAAAGAUUAAAUAUAGUCACUUUCCUAGAGCCACACUCCAAAAUGCUCUAAUGAAGAUAUGAGCAAAGUGCUGUGGAAAUAUUGUAGGCACUUUACCUGAGAGCUUCAAAAGGCAUUUUACAGUGAGUAGACCUUUUCAAGGGGAAGAGACAGAGAAACACAACCCAAGAAAAGAAAUCAGUAUUACAAAUGGAGAGACUGGCGUAAGAAUAUGCCACGUUUGUGCAACAGUGAGCUCAAUGUAGCCAUGAAGUAGUGCACUCAUGGAGUGAAUACCACUAAUUGACAUUUACAAGGAAAGUCAGGAAAGCAGAACUCCAUUUGUGGUCCCUUAAGCAAUGCAAAUCCAUGAUUUCUGUUGGGAAGAGAGGAUCCUCAGAUCACUUCAAAGCCAUGGUUGCCUCCUAGACAGAAGGAGGUAAUGCUGUGAGUGGAAGCAUUCAUCAAGAAAUAACAGUGAUGGGUAAAGGCUGUGGACAGCUCACCUGGAUCUGUGCAAGGCUUAAGCAAAUAGAGAUGCUAAGCACUCGCCUGGUGAAGAAACUGACUCCUCAUUGUGUAGUAGGAUUAUCCCAAUCACAGAUGAGUCAGGCCCAAAUUCCUUAUUGUUUCUGCACAUAGGGACCCCACAACUUUUUAACACUUUCCACUCAAUCCAUUAAAAGGUAAAGAAAGCAUGAAAGGUCAUAAAAAGCAUGAAGGCUUAAUCAUUGAAUCUGGGAAUUUGCUAGUUUUUGUAAUGAAAGGGAUGAGAAGGAUACUAGGAGAAGGCUUACCUAACAAUCCAACUGAUGUUUUGCUGGGAUCUAUUGAUUUUACUAGACUAUGUCUCUCUUCAUGAUAAAGCUCAAG